GAGUUUAUUUUUAUUUUUUGGUUGCAAAGAAUCGAAGAAGAAGAUUAUGAUUCCGAUGAAGAUUCCCACAAUCACGUUCAGAACCAUGAUGGUUGUGAUCCCAUGAGCUUUUGUGGCGAGUAUGAUUGUCCAAUCACCACCAUUGAGAGUUAUCUUCAAAACCAGAUGCCACAAGAACAAGUAGCCCGAGCACUUCAAGAAGCGGGCUUUUGUUUGGAUGACAAGGACACUGAUAUGCACCACGUUGAAAGUUUUUCAUGGCCAAGUUUACUGGAUUUCGGUCAAGUCUGGAUUGCUAGAAAGAAUGCAGAAAAAAGCUAUCAAUUGGGAUCUUCUUUAAACAUCAGCAGUUAUGCAAAGUGGAGAAAGAAUCCAAUCUUCCAAUCACAACGAUGCAAUGGAAUGAAGUAUAACAAGAUUGACUUCAAGCCCGAUGCAUCACUGGACAAAGAUCUAAAAUUAUUAUGCCAAAAUAUCUGUUUAAGGGAUUGGACUUCUGAAAAACCAGUCACCUCAUUGCUUUACGCACUUGGUUCAAUGGACUCGAGAAAAUUACUAGAGACAAUCAAGUCACAAUUGGACAAAACUGAGGAGAUUGGGGAGUUGGUUUGCUAUUAUGCCAGAGAAGGAGGAGUGGUUCAGGUGGCUGCUCUGUUGAUGGUGGCCUGGAAAAAGGUGAUGGUCGUGGACUCAUUUGACAGUAAAUAUGGUGCUAGUUGUGGUAGAAGUAAGAUUCGCCAAUUUUUAAUGAGCGAGAUUGAGAGGCUGAUUGACAAAGAGAUGCAACAAUUGGGAAAAUCGACAAAGAUACAUAUGGAUAAGCAAAACAUGACAUCGAACAAGAUGUUUACAGAUAAGCAAGAUAUGAUGUCUGCAUUGCAGUUGCUUGAAAUUUUUGAGAGGGCUGGUGAUGGUCUUGAUCAAUUCAUUCAGGAGAGACAAUGCAGUGAGAUGACAAAAGAAGAUUCUGCAGAGAUCGUAUGUUUGCUUUCAGGUCUUGUCUGCACCUCAAAUCCGAAAGUCACCUUGAAAUGUGGAGUUGCAUUAGGUGCUCAGAGUAUGAAUUAGAUGAAGGAGAAUCACCAUCAGGUAAUUAUUAACUUAAUCUUCUCAUUUAUUAUUUUUGUUGCUUUGUGGGAAUGGAAGGAAAGGUGGACGGGGAUUAGGGAGCAUAAUAGAAGACUGUUG